GUGAACUCAGAAGCAGAGCUAUGCCAUCGGACCGUGCGGGAUGAGAAAGAGCAACUUUUACGCACAGAGUUUGACAGUUUGAUUCAACUUGUUUCUCGUGGAUCCAACCAUGGGACUCCCCACUUUGGAGUUCAGUGACUCUUUCCUGGACAGCCCCGACUUCAGAGAACGACUGAAAUGCCAUGAAAUCGAGCUGGAGCGGACGAAUAAGUUCAUCAAAGAGCUCAUCAAGGAUGGGAACAUGUUAAUCAGUGCGCUCAAGAAUCUUUCUGCUGCCGUCCAGAAGUUCUCCCAGUCCCUGCAGGAGUUCCAGUUCGAGUGCAUAGGAGAUGCAGAGACAGACGAUGAGGUGAACAUCGCUCAGUCGUUCAAAGAGUUCUCCCAGCUGUUAACUACUGUUGAAGAAGAGAGAAGACGCCUGAUCCAGAAUGCAGAUGAUGUUUUGAUUACACCCUUGGAAAAAUUUCGAAAGGAGCAAAUUGGCGCUGCCAAGGAGGGGAAGAAGAAAUUUGAUAAGGAGACAGAAAAAUACUACUCGACACUGGAGAGACACCUCAACUUGUCAUCCCGAAAGAAGGAAACCUAUCUGCAGGAGGCCGACACUCAGAUUGAUAAGGAGCGACAACUCUUUUACGACGCCUCCCUCGAGUACGUCUUCAAAAUACAGGAAGUGCAAGAAAAAAAGAAAUUUGAGUUUGUCGAGCCGCUCCUGGCUUUUCUUCAGGGUUUGUUUACAUUCUACCAUGAAGGAUAUGAGCUGGCUCAUGAAUUUGAGCCGUACAAACAGCAGCUCCAGUUCAACCUACAGAACACACGAAACAAUUUUGUGAGCACCAAGCAGGAAGUGGAGAAGCUGAUGAAGAGGAUAAGGUCUGCAGAUCAGGACUACAAACCCCCGGGCCAGUGGACGAUGGAGGGCUUCCUGUACAUCCAGGAGAAGCGUCCUCUGGGAUGCACUUGGACCCGUCACUACUGCACGUACGAGAAAGGAAGCAAGACCUUCACCAUGAGCAACACCGAAAACAAGUCCGCUGGAAAACAGAACGGUCUAGUACUAAACCAGCCAGAGAUGUUCAAGCUCAAAUCCUGCAUUCGGAGGAAAACGGACUCCAUCGACAAGCGUUUUUGCUUUGACAUCGAAGUGGUGGAGAGAAAUGACAUCUGUCGUGGAACUCUUUUCAGACCACUUCAGUUUUUCUGUAAAGUCCGGCAUGGCGUUAUGACACUGCAGGCAUUGUCGGAGUCCAACAGAAGACUGUGGCUGGAGGCCAUGGAUGGCAAGGAGCCGAUUUACAACCUCCCUGCCAUAUUGAGCAAAAAGGAAGAGACGUUUCUUAAUGAGGCUGGCUUUAACUUUGUAAGGAAAUGCAUUGACCUGGUGGAGUCGAGAGGCAUAAAUACAAUGGGUUUGUACCGAAUUGGAGGCGUCAACUCCAAAGUACAGAAGCUGAUGUCCACAGUAUUUUCAUCUAAGGCCCCGGUGGAUAUAGACCUGGAUCCAGAGACGUGGGACAACAAAACUAUCACCAGCGGUCUGAAGAAUUACCUCAGGUGUCUCUCGGAGCCUCUAAUGACCUUCAAGCUCCACAAAGAUUUUAUCAUGGCUGUCAAGUCUGAUGACCAGAACUACAGAGUGUGCGCCGUUCAUGCCUUGGUUCACAAGCUGCCGGAGAGGAACAGGGAAAUGCUGGAGCUUCUAAUAAAACACCUCGUCACAGUCUCCGCCCAAAACCAGUUCAACCUGAUGACGGUGUCCAACCUGGGGGUCAUCUUUGGACCAACGCUGAUGAGGUCGCAGGAGGAGACUGUGGCUGCCAUGAUGAACAUUAAGUUCCAGAACAUUGUGGUGGAAAUACUUAUUGAGAACUUUACGAAGGUUUUUCGCCAGCCUCCAGACCCUAACGUGCCCCUUCCCCAACCCCAGAGUCGUCCUGGCUCUCGCCGGAGCAGGGCCAUCUGUCUGUCAACUGGACCCAGGAAGCCCCGCAGCAUCUACACCCCAACACUGUGCCUGGCAGAUGCAGAAAGCCCCUGCAUAGGUGACACUUUCAGCAGCAGUCGAAGCAGUACCCCCAUGGGCAGCAUGGAGUCCCUGUCAUCCCACUCCUCUGAGCAGAACAGCUUCUCCAAAACCGCCUCCUCCGCUCAGGCCAAGGACAAGUCUCUGCUGGACCUCCGCCAGACGCCGUCACAGCUCUCCAACGGCCCCGGGAACAACGCCGUGUGUGUCAGCAGCCCCGAGUCCAGCUCCAGGGAGGACGCAGGGCGUACAGAUGGAGAGUCAGAGGACGCCCUCAGCCUGUCCUCGGUCAGCAUCACGUCCAGGCAGUCCGCCGCCCCCAAAAAGGCGCCACAUAGCCGAGCGGACCUCAACCCCAUACGUUUGAGCCGCUCUGCUGCUGAAGGCCACAGGAGCUGCUCCGGCUCUGUCCAAAGUCUAUCAACACUGGAGCCCAAAGAGAGUUUAAAGCCUUCUGAGCUCCCUAACCUGCCACCGAAAGAUGUGAUUCGUCGCCGGAUGGACUCGUCACCCAGCAACGGCUACCAAAGACCAGGAUCAGUGGUUGCAGCCAGAGCUCUUCUCUUUGAGAACGUCUCAACACAGUCUGUUCCAGUCGGAAGAGAUGCGAAGGCGAUGUACUCCUGUGAGGCAGAGCACAGCCAUGAGCUCAGCUUCCCCCAGGGGGCGCUGUUCUCAAACGUUUAUCCCUCUGUUGAACCUGGCUGGCUCCAAGCAACGUACGAGGGGAGAACAGGUUUAAUCCCAGAGAAUUAUGUUGUCUUCCUCUAAUAACAUGGUAAACAUUGCAUUUUUCAUGGUAUCCAUGGAAAAAA